AUGCCAGUCUGCCGCCUAUAAAGGAUGCUGCGGGUGGAGGCGAGCGGCAGAGCGUGGAGCUGCACCUGAACCAUGACAUCCGACUUGAACCAGCUGCUUCAGCUGCUGCAGCUGUUCUCUCUGGUGACCACAGAGCCACCCCCAACCAAUGCAUCCAUUGUUAAGGAUUUCCCACAAAUGCCCAUCGUCUUGGAAUACAACAACGGGUUGGCUGUCAAGGAGAACAGUGAAGCUCCAGCAGCUCCACCCCGUCGUGCCCCGAGGUGGGCGACCACAACACCACCCCCACCCAGAGUUGCACGUCAAGCAGUGGAUUACCCCGUCCCCUCGUGUCACGAGAGAAUCUACCUGCCAAAGCUCGUGUAUCCGACGCCUGAAGACAGAGCGCGGAUCCAAGCCGAGGUGGAGAAAGUACUGGAGAUCAGAGUUAAAGGAGAAGUGGAACGUGGAAAAUUACGUGAUGUCCUCUUCGGCGGGUCACUGAACGCCGCCACCAAGAGCAGGACUGCACACGACGAGUUCGUGAUCAGCUGGAAACCGGUGGCUAGUGACCUUGGGAAUAAUUAUUCAAUCUGCUUCACUCUGGAAUCGCAGACUGACUCCUGCGUCUAUUAUUCGGACGUACGCUGUGUUGUGGUGGGUGUCGGGGACGGGACAGGGUCCUUUGCGUCUGGGCAGCGCAGAGGAAAAUAGACGCCCAGCGACCCUGAACCUGAACCUGAACCUGGUCUUCAUCACCGGAUGUCUCCCGGCCGCCGUGGCCACGAUCUGUGUUCUGAUUCUCUACAAGAGCAGACAAAGUACCAUCAAAUACCAUCUUAUUGCUUGAACAGUCGGAUAACUGACCAUUUCUUUUUGAUGUUGAAAUCUUUACUGACGUGAUUUGAAAUCAAUAGAAGCUGAUUGAAUGAGGGAAUCGGGGAAAAUCUGUUUCAAGAGAAAAAUCAAGAAUAUAAAUUCUGACAGAAUCAAUGAGUGCUGCAGCUGCUGGGGGAUUGCUCAUGCAUGUAACUUUACUCCUGCUUCUACCAUCGCUUCUCUAAACCCAGAGGAAGACUAUAUCUUUUCCUCACAUGCUUGAACAUAUUCACCUGAACAACAUCAAAACAAAGUCUGUUCACAUGUUGUCUCACAAACCAAUAAAAUCUGG